CACCCUGGGAGACUACUAUAACGGAGAAUGUGACCAGUGCGGGGCCUGGGAGUAAUAUAGCUGGGAAAAUGGGACUGGUGGGGAAUGGGUCCACUAUAGCUGGGAACAGUGGACCAGUAGUGGUGGGGUGACUGAGACCAGUAAAGGGGGUUAGCUGAGACCAGUAUAGUUGGGAGGUGUGAGUGGGGUAGCCAGUUCUGGGCAUGUUCUGCAUAGAACAGCUGCCUGGAGGGCUGAGAUGCAGCCAGCUCUGGGGUGGAGAAGAGAACAACUGCAUAUAACACCCAAUGUGAUUGCCAUGGGGCUGAGAUGCAGCCAGCUCUGGGGUGCGGUUGCCCCUGUGGCAGUGCCAAGAUGAACCUGGAGCGGGUGCCCAAUGAGGAGAAGCUGAAUCUGUGCCGGAAGUACUACUUGGGGGGCUUCGCGCUGCUGCCCUUCCUGUGGCUGGUAAACGUGCUGUGGUUCUUCCGGGAGGCCUUCCUGGCUCCUGCCUACACCCAGCAGCUGCAGAUCAAGAGCUGUGAGUGGGAAGAGAGGGGGGAGCCUGGGAGGGAGUCUCUGGAA